UAAUUGCACGAAAUAACAUUGUACUCUUUAAAGAUCGUAAACCAUCACCUGGUAUUACUUUCUCGUUUUUCUUAUUCAUUAUAAAAUUAAACAAAUACCUUUUAUUUAAUCCUUUAUCUCGUUUAAUCUUAUUUAAUCUUGUUUAAUUUAAUAUUAUUUAUAAUGUUUUAUUUAAUUGAAUAAAAAAUCUAUAAUAAAUUUUUUAUUAAUAAAAAUCAAAAUUUUUAAUUUGAAUUAUUAUACAAAAGGAAUAACAUAAUCUUAUACAUUAUUGUAAAUUUAUAUUAAUAGAAAAAAUAAAUGUAAAAAAAUGAUUUAUGUCACAUAUUUUUUUAUUGAAAUAUUCAGGAAAUAAUUAUUUACAAAACGUUUAUUUGAUCAAUCUUAAUAUUAUACUUACAAAUACUUACAAAUACUUUCUAUAAGUACUUCUUAUCCCAUAAAUGAAUACCUAACCUUCUUUGGUAUCAAAACAAAAUAUAUAAAUAGAUACAAGUUAAGUAUAUGUUAUAGUUUAUAUCCUUUACACCUGAUAAUAAUUAUUUGGUUGUGACAAUUAUGGUACGAAAAUUAAAAUAUCAUGAACAGAAAUUGCUAAAAAAAGUUGAUUUUAUAUCAUGGGAAGCAGAUAAUAAUUUGCAUGAAAUAAAAAUUUUGAAACGUUAUCGAAUACAAAAAAGAGAAGAUUAUACGAAAUAUAAUAAAUUGGCACGAGAAAUUCGUGAAUUAGGCAAAAAAAUUAAAGAAAUUGACGCAGAACAUCCAUUUCGAAUAGAGCAGAGUGCAUUAUUAUUAGAAAAAUUAUAUAUGAUGGGGCUUAUAGCAACAAAAUGGGAUUUGUCUUUAACACAAAAAGUGAGUGCCAGUUCAUUUUGUAAAAGACGUUUGCCAGUUGUUAUGGUACGAAAUAAAAUGAGCCAAAACUUAAAAAUGGCUACACAAUUCAUAGAACAAGGUCAUGUUAGAGUUGGUACAGAAGUUGUAAAAGAUCCAGCAUUUUUAAUAACAAGAAAUUUGGAAGAUUUUGUUACUUGGGUAGACACAUCGGCUAUUAAAAUACAUGUAUUAGAAUAUAAUGAUGCCAGAGAUGAUUUUGAUAUGGCAUAAGUAAAAUAAGAAUAUUAAAAUUAAGAUUUUAUUAUAUGUAUCUUUCUUAAUUUUUAUUAAUAAUUAAUAUUAAUUAAUAUUAAAAUUCUUAUAUUUUAUAAAUUAUAUCGUAUAUUUAAUAAAUAAUUUAAUUAUAAAAAAA